GAACCAAGAGUAGGAAUGUGGAAGGGAAACAGCCCAGGGUGUAACCAGGGAGCAGCCAUGGAAGGAACCGGUGGAGAACUGGGGGGACAAGGGAACUGGGGUCUGGAAGAUGCCCCAGGCCUCUUGGCCAGGGCCUCCCUGCCCAUCAUGCCUGCAUGGCCAUUGCCUCUGGCCUCGUCUGCCCUUACCCUGCUCCUUGGAGCUCUCACUUCCCUCUUCCUCUGGUACUGCUACCGCCUGGGCUCCCAAGAUAUGCAGGCCCUGGGGGCUGGGAGUCGGGCUGGGGCUGUCAGUGGUAGGCCUGGAGGGUGCUCUGAGGCUGGCAGACCAAGCCCACGGAGCUCUGGGGAGUCUGUGGAAGGACCUAAGACAGAAGGCCUAGUGAGCCGUCGCCUUCGGGCCUACGCCAGGCGCUACUCUUGGGCAGGGAUGGGUAGGGUGAGGCGGGCAGCUCAGGGUAGCCCAGGCCCUGGGGGAGGGCCAGGGGUCCUGGGCAUUCAGCGCCCAGGCCUGCUUUUCCUGCCAGACCUGCCCUCAGCCCCCUUCGUGCCACGGGAUGCCCAGCGGCAUGAUGUGGAGCUCCUGGAGAGCAGCUUCCCUGCCAUUUUGAGGGACUUCGGGGCUGUGAGCUGGGACUUCUCAGGGACUACCCCUCUGCCUCGGGGCUGGUCCCCACCACUGGCCCCUGGGUGCUACCAGCUCCUGCUAUACCAAGCAGGCCGGUGCCAACCCAGCAACUGCCGCCGGUGCCCGGGGGCCUAUCGGGCACUGAGGGGGCUGCGAAGCUUUAUGAGUGCCAACGCCUUCGGCAAUGCUGGCUUUUCCGUCCUCCUGCCCGGGGCCCGGCUCGAGGGCCGCUGUGGGCCCACCAAUGCCCGAGUCAGAUGCCACCUGGGCCUGAAGAUCCCCCCUGGCUGUGAGCUGGUGGUCGGGGGUGAGCCCCAGUGCUGGGCUGAGGGACAUUGUCUACUGGUGGACGACUCCUUCCUGCAUACAGUGGCUCAUAAUGGCUCUCCCGAAGAUGGGCCUCGAGUGGUCUUCAUCGUGGACCUUUGGCAUCCCAAUGUGGCUGGGGCCGAACGCCAGGCCCUCGACUUUGUCUUCGCACCAGACCCUUGA